CACCGUCUUCGGUAUUUAAUAAGCUACCAACAUGGUUGACAGAUUGUUCCUGAAACCUAGUUUCUCUCGGUGUUUUGUAGUUAUCUGUUUCCUGGAUUCAACAGCUUUCUAAAUAAGAGACCAAGGGCCCUUUCUGCUCAUAUGGGCUAUGCUAAUAGAACAGAGGAUGACGGAGCAUGCCUAUAAAGCACAUUCCAUCCCUGAGUAACAUGAUGAAUUGUGGAAGCCCUGAUUGAAAAUUCUAAUCACAGCCUUGCAGUCCUUCAGAUCACAACCGCUGACAGUUGAUUCACUCCUUUUCAUGCUUGCUGCCUCUCGUUGCUCACGGUGCCUCUUAUGCAUGAGUCUAUCAUUAGCGCACAAAGCAUGAUGGAUUGGUUGGGAUGCCGCGAGCCUUAGAACCUGGGAAAUGCUUCGUUUUCCAGAAUCAUGGGGACCGGGUCGCGUGCGACAUCCUCGCAAAUGGGAGCAGAAACUAAUUCAGCUCUGGAUAUGCAUGUUAUAUUAUGGGUAAUUAUUUCAGGUAGACUUUUUUGGAUACCAAGAAAUUAGAUCAAAAGAAUGGAUUAACUAGAGUUGAGUGGAUAAGAAGGUUUUUGAAUCGUGUCUAAGCAGUACUGGCCAGAGUGACAGACAGAAUGAAUUACUUCUUUUGGAGUUUCACUGGCAGUGUAAGUUGGGAAACUCAACAACACUUGAAAGACGUGCCUGAGAUGUACUUUCUGAGCUGGACUAUAUAAAGGACUGAGUCGUUCUGCUUGGAAGGAUUUCUAAAUGAGCCUGUCUCAGAUAUUGGAUCUGUUUAUAGAGGACUAAGGAGUUAAUAGGAUGUCAACUGAGACUGAACUACAACCAGCUGUCAAAUCCAGCACAAAAAAGGAGUCGAAAAAGAAAGGCCAAGAUCGGACUGAAGCUGCUCUGAUAAAGCGGUUUAAGGGAGAAGGUGUUCGGUACAAGGCAAAGUUAAUUGGUAUAGAUGAAGUUUCAGCUGCACGUGGAGACAAAUUAUGUCAAGAUUCUAUGAUGAAGCUUAAGGGCAUCACAGCUGCAGCACGCUCAAAAGGAGAACACAAGCAGAAAAUCUUUUUAACCAUCUCCUUUGGAGGAAUCAAGAUCUUUGAUGAAAAGACAGGGGCACUACAAAAUCAUCACGCAGUCCAUGAAAUAUCAUACAUUGCAAAGGAUAUCACUGACCAUCGAGCCUUUGGAUAUGUCUGUGGAAAGGAAGGAAAUCACAAAUUUGUGGCAAUAAAAACUGCCCAAGCAGCUGAACCGGUAAUUCUGGAUUUACGAGACCUCUUUCAACUUAUCUUUGAAUUGAAGCAAAGAGAAGAACUAGAAAAGAAGGCUCAGAAGGAUAAACAGUGUGAACAGGCAGUGUACCAGACAAUUUUGGAGGAAGAUGUAGAGGAUCCAGUAUACCAGUACAUUGUGUUUGAAGCUGGGCAUGAACCAAUCCAUGAACCUGGUACAGAAGAAAAUAUUUAUCAGGUUCCAACAAGCCAGCAGAAAGAAGGUGUCUAUGAUGUGCCAAAAAGUCAACCAAUAAGUAAUGGAGAAUCUCUACUUGAUAUCGAUGAACAGCUUGGCCAGAUAACAGAGACGAUUACCCAGCUAGAACUUUUUGGGGAUAUGUCAACUCCUCCUGAUAUCACCUCACCACCCACUCCAGUAAUAAGUGAAGCCUUUCUAAAAGGUAUCGCAGCGCAGUCCCCAGCAGAUAUGUUUGGAUCUGUUUCUUAUAACCCUUCUGCUCCACAACUUGCCGCUGUGCCCUCAGGUUAUGUUGCCAUGGGACCUGUUCAGCCAUCUAUGUGGAGUCAGCAAGCAAUAGGAGUUCAACAGCCUGUGAUCUUAGGCACCCAGCCUCAUGUUUCUCAGGUGAUGCAAGGAGCACAGCCAGUAGUCUGGGGCCAGCCUGCUCUGUUUUCUCCCACUCAGCAGCAGUGGGCAACAAUGACUGGACAGUUUCAACCAGCUGCCUUCAUGCCAACUCAAACUGUUAUGCCUUUACAAGCAGCCAUGUUUUCUACCAUUGCUGCUCCGGUAGCUGCUGUUUCUCCAAGGAGUGACUCUGUUAAAUCCAGUCCGCAGGGAAAUAGACCUAUUCAAAAAAUGAAUAAAGACAUGUUUAAAGAUUUCCAGAUGGCAAAACCACCACCUGUGCCAUCACGGAAAAACGAUCAGGUCGUCCUCGACUGUACUUCUGAAGCCUUCUCUAGCUAUUUUAAUAAAGUAGGGCUGGCACAAGACGUAGAUGACUGUGAUGAUUUUGACAUCUCACAAUUAAAUUUGACUCCUGUGACCUCAACAACACCAUCAACCAAUUCACCUCCAACCCCCGCUCCAAGACAGAGUUCCCCAUCAAAAUCAUCCACGUCACAUACCAGCAGUGACCCUGCUCCUGACGAUCCAUUUGGAGAAGGGUUUGGAAGCCCAAGUAAAAGCGAGGAACAAGACAUUCCUGGUGAAUCUCAGGCCCCAGACAGCAGUGAUACAUUUGGUGAACCACAAGGUGAUACACUAAGUCCACAGACUGAUAGCUAGAUAGAGCGCAGGUUGGGAAUCAGAACCUCUCUAUGCCCAGAUUAAUAAACCUAAGAAAUAACACAGUGGGCUUGUGGUGCUUCAAGAUUCGACUGGAAAUCUAAACCCCGCUAGCCUUUCAGCUCUCAAAGCUCUGUCUCAGCAAUCAUUCAAGACUGAUCAAGGUUCACUCAGAAUAGGCUUCUCAUGUUUGCCUAAGAGGAAUAGUAUGUCCCAUCUGACAGAUUUUUCAUAGUGGCAGUACAGAUGGAGAAUUUGCAACUUAUGCAGAUGCAAUGUAUGUAUGAAUCUGAACCAGAGGUUAUUACCCAAGAGUGAAAUUCUUGUAUUUUUUAUUUUAAUUGCACUGCAUUCCAGUUAUAAACAUUACUUGUGCAAUGCAUACUGAGCAUUUCGUCUUUCUAAACCUGUUCCAAAUGUCUAGGUAUGCCAGAAAUACCCAGAUUGUAACCUUUCAUCUUUGCCAGUUUUUUCUUUUUUUUUUCCCCUUGAAACUGUAAAGAUUCUCCUGAACCAAAAGUUGAGUACAUCAGUGCUGCUAGCUCAGCUCUGGAAAGUCUAUGGAAAGCCGACUCUCGUGGGUUAUAUCACCAAUGAGGUUCUUUUAUGUAAAGCAAAUGUGAUAAAGUAUGCUAAAGAGACAAUGUGAUAAACCACAUAGCAGGAUGACUGUUAAUACAUGUGUCCUAAACUACUGCCGAAGGAAUAUUUGAAUAGGAUAUCUAAAAUGGAAGUUUGCAGUUUGAUGAAAGAUGGACCUUUAAUCUUACUUGUUAGAAGGCUCAUAACUGACUUUCUUGCUCUAAAGGGGAAAACUUCCUUGUCUUAGAUCUUGCUGCUGAAAUGCGGUGUGGCCAAGUGUUUUCUCUGAGUGCCAUUGUGGAGGGGAAAAAUUGCCAAAUAUUCUUGGUAUCUGGAACUAAAGUGGAAAAAUGGACUUUCUUUAAUAGUAGAAUGUUGAUGGCAUGAAUUUUGCUACAGCAAAUGAUUAAGUGAUUCAGUUCUUCAUUAUCACUUUUAUACAAUAGAAAAAUCAGAGUGGAUUUUUAUUUUAUAAAUUAAAAUCUUACUAUUAAGUCAGCUCUUUAAUGUUUAAAAAAAUAACCUUAAUGAGUUCAAAUGGAAUUUGUCUGUUUGUUUUGUAAGUAAAGUUAUUAAGAUUAUAUCUCUAAAUAACAUUUCUCCAUAGAGGAGGUAGUGAACAUGUCACUUAGAUGGUAUGACAUACCUCAGUUAUUGAUUAUCAAACAUAAAAAUUAUUUCUUCUUUUAACCUACUCCUGGCAUUGUUGCAUAACUGUCAGAGUGGAAUAUUUCUGUUUAAGCCAAGACUUUAUAGAAUAAACCUUAGAUAAAUAUUAUAAUUUCUUAUAUUAUGGAAGGUAUCUGCCUGUGUUUCAUGGUACCACAAAAUCUGAGAUUGCUGCAUUUUAAAAUUCUAAUAGUUUGAGGUAUGUUUAAUCCAGCUGGUGAUCAUGACAUUGUUUUGAAUUAACAUAAUGGAGGAAAGUCCUGAUUUACAGAGUUAGGUUUGUAUGGCAAAGGUCACUGAUACGCAUUUUAGAAGAUUUAUUUGCAAUUAUGUAGCAUUGCUUUUUUAUCCUAUAGUUCAGCCUAAAUAUUUUAUAAAGUAUUCAAUGCAAUUUGCAAAGAUCCUUUCGACUAAUUUAUUUGUUGAAGCAAUUAUAAUUUUAUUUUGUACUUUAACUUUUAAUGUUACUCCAACUGAUGUUUUUAUUCAAUUUGCAUUACUUGAAAUUUCAUUUUGAUCUUGUGUAAAGGAUGUUGACCAUAAGUAGUGCAGUCUGGAAAGCUCAUCCCUUCUCUAAGAAGCACAGAUGAAGAUGUUAGAGACUUGACUGCAGGAGCGGGAAGUUUGUAAUUCAACUGCAAUUCAGAUUUUGAAAAUGAAAGUGAAAAAUGGAACUUAACAAAUGAUGCCUUCUUGAAACUCAUCUGUUAAUUAAAAUUGAAUAUGCAUUUUUGAGAACCAAAAAGUUCUACCCAAAUGCAAAUGUUUUCGUUUAAGAUCAUAUUAAAAAUUAUGUAUCAGUUACUCCUGAAUCAUGUAUUAGCACAAUAACAAAUACAAGCAUAUUGCAAAUGUCUCAUGUGGCCCUUCUAUAUCUGAAUUUAAUCUUAAUUUAUAAAAUUAUGCAUCUACAGCACAGUGUACAGAAUUAGUUUAGCAGACAUGGAAAGAAUACUGAUAUAAUGGCAUAUGCUAUUACACUCAUACACACACACACACACACACACACACACACAAAACACACUCUCACACACACUCACAAUUUGCUUCAGUCAGUAAUACCUUUAUGCACAAUGCAUAAACACAUUACCUAAUAGACACUGAUUAUUUAUUUCAAUUAUCUACUUGUAAAUUUCUUGCAAUUUCUGAAAUAGUGCAUUAUCUACUGGAGCUUUCAGUGAUGCAGUAGUACUUUAUAAAGAGUAUUCUUCCACUGUUAUAUAUCAGAUUUUUAUUCAAGGCCCUCACUUAAAUGGUGCAAUUCAAAGUAAUUUCAUUCCAUUUCUGUCAGCCAAAGUAGUAUCCAGUUCCGUUCAACACAUAUUCUUUGCAAAAGUAUUUGCUCAUGUUAUCGUUAUAUGUUUACGUUUCUAAUUCCAUGUUACUCUGUCACUAUACCAUAUAAAAUGAGACAUCUUGAAUAAUUUUUAUAAGAUAUGCUUAAUAAACUUUGCUUGUAAUAAUGAUAGCACCUGUGAAAGGAGAUGGUUACAGCAUAGUAUUCUAAGACUGUGUGAAGUCUACACCCUCAAGCAUGUCCUGAAAAUCAGGAAUUUCAGAGCAAGAAAGAAGGAAAGCUCUAUACAGCAACACCUAAUACUUGUUUUCUUUCUAAAGCACUACUGUAAAAAUAUGGACUUUGAGUGCAAACUAUGUAUCCACUCAAAGCCAAAAGCCAUUUGUUGUCAUCAUUUAUGGAGUUUGGUGCAGAUCACCUUUCUUACAACUGAAGAAACAGAUUGGUUUGUGUUUGAUGUACAUUUAUAUUUUUAGAGAAAUUUUGACUUUGUGAUAAGGUUUAAAUUGACAUUCUUUAAAACUGAGUAGGGGUUUCAAAUCCUCAUUCUUAGUAUAAAUCAUACAAUUAACAGUUUUUAAUGAAUAAUUUGCACCUAUUUUACCUUAGUAGCCUGAACUUCAAAGUAAUUCAUAUCAGCUUACAGUGUUAUCAUGUUUUCUUUUCAAACUUUCCUACAUUCACAGCAUUCAAACACAAUUCACAGUCUAGGUUUUUAAACAUAUUUUAAUGUGCCCUACAGAAGUCAGCUAUAAAGAAGAGGCAGAUAAGUAUAGCUUUCCACUUUUUCUUUUGGUCUAAUAUUUGACUUCAAAAUCAAUAAUUUCUGGGGCAAAAAACAAACAUUCUGUGGCAUUUAUCUGUAAUACAUCUAUUCUCCUUAUAUUAAAUGAUGUCCCUAAAACCACACAUAGCAAGAGUUUUUAAAUAAACCUCAGUAAUAUUGUAAACAUUUAAUUAUAUCACUUCUAAAGAUUAAUACUAACCUUAUAUUUAAAUGCAGAUGGCUUCCUUGAACAUUGUUUUCUAUCAGUUUCUUGUUAUUUCUGACACACGUUCUGAAAUGUUUAAGUGUGAGUGUGAAACUGCUGUUGUACAGUCAACAAGGACAAGUAAGGUAAACCACUAUAACUGUCACACAAAAUUUCACUAGCACUAGAGGUAAGGGUGUGUGCCAUAUUGCUGAGGUGUAACAUUUCCUUACUCCUGUAGAAAUAAUGCUCUGUCUUUUUCUAGUGCUGGGUCUUUUGAGAGUUUGCAAAAUCUGUUAGUGAAUGUAGCAGGCAGUUUUUGAAAAAACUGCCUCCUCAUUGGUCGUACUUAUUUUCUUUAUGCAUUCAAAAUAUGUUUUGGGGAAUAAAGAUUAAAAUACUUAAAGGAGGAAAAUUGUCUGAGGACAUUUCUAAAUUGACUAACUUUACCUCAACUAACAGUUUGCUAAUGUAAAUGAGCAUAUUAUUUUUAAAUGUAUGUAUAAUACAUUCUGAAAUGAAAUUUUUAAGAUUUUUCCAUUAAUUUCUGUAAUACACCACAUGUCAUUACAAAUAAAAAAACAACAUCAAAAAAGUGUGGGUACAUUAAUAAAAUAUGUGUUAAAAGA